AUCAUGCAGUAAUCCCCUAAUUUCAUUUCAAAAAAGUCUUAAUAUCUGCAGUACCUAAUUCUGCGAUAGAUCGCUGUUGUUCAGUAUACUAGCACAGGUUAGUGAAAACGGUCUCACCAAUUGAGAAAGUGAUGAGCACUGCAUGAGAUGGAAGGUGACACUAAGGUUUGGUCAGAUUCAACUUGUAGCAGGGUGAAUGCACUAAACAUCCUGCAUGAACCAAUUGCUCUGACCUCAUGAUUUAACGACCCUCAAGUGCUCGAGUUCUAAACGCAUGUUUGCUGGGUAUCUGGUACAACUCAAUAAAAGGCGAACAAACGGGUGAAGCAACAGCAUGUGAAUCAGAUGGUAAAUAGUUGGCAACUUGGCAUCCUCCAUAAACCAGUUGCUUCAAAGGUAACCCUACCCAGUUAUCUGUCCUUAUCACCGCAGCCUGAUUUUGAAAUUACCCAACUUUCCUGCACUUCCCUUUCUCAUGUACCUGCCGGUAUCUUCACUUCGCUCUUUUGCUCUUUUACGGUUAGGCCGUUUCUUUUUCUAUGGCCAUAUCCAUACGCGUGAGGGGAAACGCGGCAUGAAGAGAUACCCAUAAUGCAUUCCUCUUUAUCGGAUUCUCAGUAGCAAUUAUAAGUCGGGCAUAUCCAGCGAAAUCUCGGGUUUCAUUUGUCGAACCCACAGGAAUAAUAAUGGGACUCACAGUGGCUGGAACUUUUUCUGCCAUGCCAACAUUAAUAGGCCCUCUCCCUUUAUGUUGUCAUACAUAUCUUCAUUUUUGUGUAUUAUUUGCUAGAAUUGAUGGCACUAGAUUUCCACUCUUGAAAAAGAACAUGUCCUAUUAAGAUCUUCCUUAUCCCCAUGGUCAUGAGAAGCUCACCCCCUCUAUUCACAUGCUCACCAAGUUUUUCUCCUUUGCCCAAUUCACUCUCCUUUGCCCUCACAUGACAUCCUCCUCUCUUCUUUUAUUGCACUCACCAGCCUCUUGCUCUCAGAGAAGAGAAGAGCUCCCACUUUCCACCCCUCUUCUCCCCCUUUAUAAGCCCCACCAAGCCUCCUCUCUACUCCACCAAGCUUUCGGCACUGUUCGAUUAGUUCGACCCGAAGAAGAAUUUUACACCAGGGUUCACCCUAUGAUGCUGUGAUCUUGUUUACCUUUCCCCGCCUUUGGUUUCAGGAAGAUGAGAUUGGCAGGAGUGAGUGUUUCCCUCGCACUCCUCGUACUUCUUGCUGUGUUGCCCUUUAAGGGGCGGCCCGUGUCUGGACACAUUGACAGAUAUGUCCAGGAAGCGUGCAGGGUAACCCGGUAUCAGGAUAUAUGCAUCCGUUCGCUCGCACCGUUCUCGAACAGCGCCAGGAGAAGCCCCAGCUGGUGGGCCAGGGCGGGCGUUUCGGUGGCGCUGAAGGAGGUUAAGGCUGUGGCCCAGUACUUAGAGAAGUCGAAGAGGGAUGGGCAAAUGCAUGGGAGGAGACAGAGGAUGGCCCUCUCGGACUGCACCGAGUGCUUCCAGGACUCAAUCGACAACCUCCACCGCUGUCUCGGGAUCCUCCGGGACCUGACCAAGAAGGGCCAGCUCGGCUCAGAGAUCAACGACUUGAUCACGUGGAUGAGCGCUGCACUGACUAAUGAGGAUACCUGCCUCGACGGGUUCGAAGGGCAGAAGGCAAAACAGGUCAAGCUGAUCCGGCAGAAGGUGUUAGGCGUCACUUACUUGACUAGCAACGCUCUUGCCCUUGCUAACAAGCUCGCAAACACUAUGAAUCCCAACUGAUGAAGAACACUCCACCGGAUAGAGAAUAACAAAUCAAAAAAUCGACCAAAAAUGUCCACAUUUUUAAUGUAGACGGUAGUCCUACUGGUUAUCGCUACAACUCGGUAAAUUGCACGGUUUAGGGUCUGAAUGAAGCCUGACUCUUGAAUUUAGGUUCAACUGGCAAAAUAAUCAUUUAUUUUCGUAGGUACAAUGCCGCAAAUAACGUACCUUAGUGAUAAUAUUUCAUUCUCCUAAUUCAAUCCCUCAUUUCUAAUUCUUUAUGUCGAACUUGACAUUCCCAGA